UGUACUUGAGAGUUAUCUCCCCUGCGUUCCGGUAGAAAUGGCCGUUUUAGACAGCGUGAAACCUUUCUUUCGAUUACAUUAUGCUACAAAUCUGCUGUUAGCAGCGCUGUUUUUCAUUUUAAAAACGACUCCUAUUGUCUGUGAUGCUUUGUUUCAAGACUGUAAAUUGGAGCUGAGAGAAUGGGAAUGGCUAACUUUUCUAGGAUGCAUCAUUGUGCUGAAAAACCGAAGGCAAGUCAACCUAGCCAGCUACUUGACGACGGCAUGUACAUUUGGCAAGGCACUUAACUUCAUUCUGUUCUUCAAACAAAGCAUAGCUCUGGGUAUUGUCUAUGUUUGCCUGUGUUUGUUGCACUUUGUGUUUCUGCCACAACCAGUCUAUGAAGGGCCAGAAAAAAUUGUGUAUUUUCGAGGCCCAAACUUACAGGAGGAGCUUGAAAGAGACAAACGAAUCACAUGGCUCGUCAGCUUCUAUGCUGCAUGGUCUCCACAGUGCUUGACGUUUGCACCCAUUUUCUCGGAGCUCUCAGCCGAGUAUGGACUAGAUAACCUGAAGUUUGGUAAAAUGGAUGUCUCCAGAUAUCAACAGGUUGCAGACAAAUUUGGCAUCAACACAAGUACUUGGUCUAAACAGCUUCCUACAGUUAUCCUGUUCCAGGAAGGCAAAGAGAAAAUACGAAGACCUGUCAGCACCAAGAAGACAACAUUGAAGUUCCCUUUUACAAAGGAAAAUGUUGUUCGAGACUUUGAGCUGAAUGAAGUUUAUGGACAGUGCAAGAAGAACCCCUUACCAUCCCGUCGGAAAGAUAAGGAUAUGACAGAAGCGAAGAAAGAAAACUGAUUAAAAAAAAAAAA